GGCAGCGGCGGCGGCGGCAGUGGCAGAGGAAGUUUCCGCUUUGCGCUCCACCCCGGUAGCCGCUUGGCGGCCGGGACGGCUUCCUCCAGGCGCUUGGCGGGGUUCGCUGACGACCUUUGUCACCCCAGUCGGAUCAUGGGGUUGCCCAAGGGGCCGGGGGGCCAGGGUCUCCCGGAGGUGGAAACAAGAGAAGAUGAAGAACAAAAUGUCAAGCUGACUGAAAUUCUGGAACUCCUGGUUGCUGCUGGGUAUUUCAGAGCAAGAAUAAAAGGCUUAUCACCUUUUGACAAAGUAGUAGGAGGAAUGACUUGGUGUAUCACCACUUGCAGCUUUGAUGUAGAUGUUGACUUGCUCUUUCAGGAAAACUCUACAAUAGGUCAAAAAAUAGCUCUGUCUGAAAAGAUUGUCUCUGUCCUUCCGAAGAUGAAGUGCCCACACCAGCUAGAGCCCCACCAGAUCCAGGGCAUGGACUUCAUCCACAUAUUUCCUGUUGUACAGUGGCUGGUGAAACGAGCUAUAGAAACAAAAGAAGAGAUGGGUGACUAUAUCCGCUCCUACUCUAUAGCCCAGUUCCAGAAAACCUACAGUCUCCCAGAGGUCAGUAUUGAUGAUGACUUCAAAAGGAGAAAAGACAAAGCCAUCAAGACAGUUGUUGACCUCUCUGAUGUUUACAAGCCUCGUCGGAAAUAUAAACGCCAGCAGGGAGCAGAGGAGCUACUUGAUGAAGAAUCUCGAAUCCAUGCUACACUUUUGGAAUAUGGCAGGAGAUACGGACUUAGCCGCCAGAGUGAAACAGAAAAGACUGAGGACAAGAAAACAACACUUGCAGCAGGGCUCUCAGCUACAGAAAAAACAGAAGCUCAUGAAGAAGAUGAGCUUCGAGCAGCUGAAGAGCAGCGUAUUCAGUCACUGAUGACCAAGAUGACUGCCAUGGCUAAUGAGGAGAGCCGUCUCACCGCAAGUUCCGUGGGCCAGAUUGUGGGCCUCUGCUCUGCUGAGAUUAAGCAGAUUGUGUCUGAAUAUGCAGAUAAGCAGUCUGAGCUGUCAGCUGAAGAAAGUCCAGAAAAACUAGGAAGCUCCCAGCUACAUCAUCGGAAAGUUAUUUCCUUGAACAAGCAGAUUCUACAGAAGACCAAACAUCUGGAAGAACUACAAGCAAAUCAUACUAAUCUACAAUCCAAAUACAAUGAAACGAAGAAAACCCUAGCAGAGUUGAAGAGUCACAAUGAGAAACUAGACAAAGAGCAGGAAGCUCUGGAGAAGAUAGAAGCAAAAGCUGAUCCAAGUAUUCUGCAGAACCUGAGAGCACUUGUAGCCAUGAAUGAAAACCUGAAAAGUCAGGAACAGGAGUUUAAAGCACAUUGCCGGGAGGAGAUGGCACGGCUUCAACAGGAAAUUGAAAACCUCAAAGCUGAGAGAGAACCAGGAGAUGAUGAAAAGACCCUUUCCAAUGGAGAGCCUCAUGGAGCCCCGACCUCCACACUGACUUACAAUGAAGAUCUAGACAGACGGUAUAAUAUGGAGAAAGAGAAGCUCUAUAAGAUUCGUUUACUACAGGCUCGAAGAAAUCGAGAAAUAGCAAUAUUACAUCGCAAGAUUGAUGAAGUGCCCAGCCGAGCUGAACUAAUACAGUAUCAGAAGAGAUUUAUUGAACUCUACCGCCAGAUUUCUGCAGUACACAAGGAAACCAAACAGUUCUUCACUUUAUAUAAUACCCUGGACGAUAAAAAGGUUUAUUUGGAAAAAGAGAUUAGCCUGCUCAACUCAAUUCAUGAGAAUUUCUCACAAGCCAUGGCUUCCCCUGCUGCCCGGGACCAGUUUUUACGGCAGAUGGAACAGAUUGUAGAAGGAAUUAAGCAAAGCAGGAUGAAGAUGGAAAAGAAGAAACAAGAGAACAAAAUGAGAAGAGAUCAGUUGAAUGACCAGUACUUAGAACUGUUAGAAAAGCAGAGACUGUAUUUUAAGACUGUGAAAGAGUUUAAAGAGGAGGGUCGCAAGAAUGAGGUGCUGCUGUCCAAGGUGAAAGCCAAGGCCUCCUGAACCUUCCCAGCCAUGUCAUAUAUUGAUUUUUUUUUUUAACGCCGUGUAUCAACUACAAGAUCAUGGAAUGGUUCUGGAAGCAACAGUAGAGAGAUGCAGGUGUAUUAAUUUCAACUCCUUGGAUGUUUCCUUUUUCCUGAUUGCUUCCAUUUCAUCUCUGUUGGCUGUUGUGGAUAGAAUUUGACAGUAUAAGCACUGGCUUGGAUAACACUCAUGAUUCUAUGAAGAAAUGUGAGCAGUACUCAUUUUCUAUUUUCAUUCGACUGUUCUUCCAGUAACAUUGCACUAAUGAAGGUACCUGUAUUUGUAUGGGCUCUAAAUAAAAAAGAGUUCUUUUGUUUA